AUGUAUCAGUACGCAGCCUACGCACCUCGCACACCUCCAUCAUCAUCGUACACGCCCUCUCCCGCUCCGACUUACCCGUCCAAUCCAGCCGGACCGUCCAACGCCCCUCAAGCGCAACCCAUCACCCGCUCCCGAACACUCUUCUACCUCUCCGUCCGGGAUAGCUCUGCCACAGCAUCGGGAUCAGGAUCGAGGAGGAAUGGUCCAAGAAGUAGGAAGAAGAUUGGUGAAGGGAGAGAGUAUGGGAAUAAGGUGGAUGUAGGGGAUGAUGAGGAGGAGAGGCUGAUUGGAAGUGAUGAAGGGGGGAGGGGUGGGCUGCCACCCAGUGAUGAAGUUGAGGAGAUACUAGGGCGAAUAUCACCCAAAAUCACGGCUCUGGACAAGCUACACUCCAAGCACGUCUUGCCGGGCUUUACAGAUCGUACAGCCGAGGAGCGAGAGAUAGAAAGGCAGACUAUCGAUAUCACACGGGACUUUCGGAAAUGUACCUCCCUCAUAGGCUCUAUCGCUCCAACAAGAGGUGCCACUCGCGCCGAGGUCACUACCGCGAAGAAUGUCCAGCGGGGACUGGCAGGAAAGGUACAGGAGAUGAGCGGGAUGUUUAGGAAGAAGCAGAGGGUGUAUAUGCAGAAGCUACAAGGACACGCCAUCAAAUCCAAAGACCUCCUCGUUGCCUCAGGCGCUAUCCAGCUCAAAGGUCCCGACUCAUUCGACGAACUAGCAGAGGACGAGCGCGGAUACCAAGCCCAGUCCCUCGCUCAAGCACCCAUGGCGGUCGACCUGGACGUAUCCACUCGGACGGCCGAAAUUACCCAAAUCGCCCAAUCGAUCGGGGAGCUCGCGGAGCUGUUUAGGGAUCUGGGGAAUAUGGUGGUGGAGCAAGGAACGGUGUUGGAUUCGGUGGAGUAUAAUGUGGGCGUGACGGCGAGGGAGAUGAAGGGGGCGGUGGAGGAGUUGAGGGUUGCGCAGCGGUGA